AUGAAGGUGCCUCCUCGAUCACGAAAGGAAAUAUUAGAGCUCUCGAAGAACAGCCUUGGAAUGCGCGCGCCGUUGUCUUCUUGUGAUGUGUCCCAGUCGCUGCCAGUGUGCCAAGGAGGUGCCCAACCGAAGUCAAGGCUCUAUGCGAACAAACUCGGAUUUGAGGUCCGCCCAGCCAAAAAUCUCGCCAGCUCUCCCUCGCAUCCACGUUAA